AUGAGACUGAUUAUCCCUCUCGCCGUAGCGGCCGGCUCUCUCAGCCCCGUCGCUGCCAUUGCUGUCCCUCUGCCUCUGCAGCCUGCACGGGACUCGUUCCCGUCAGCCCGUGUGCCUACUACCGCUUGGUCCGAUCGUCCCGGCCCACUGCGUGCCGAAAACACCGAGGACACCAGAGCACCCGAUGCGCUGCCGGGCCGCCGCAUUGGUCGUCUUGGUGGCUAUAGUCGGCAGGACACGGCUGUCGGCAAUGCGGUCGAGUCGCUUUUCGUCCAUGUCGUCGUGGUCUCCACAACGACAAGCACCGAGUUCCAGACGGCCACGACCACGGGCACCAUCACGCCAACCGCCAAGCGGCCCACGCCGCUGUCCACCAAGUCGCCUACGACCUCCGCACCGUCCAGCUCCUCGCGUACUUCGUCGCUGUCCUGCGACCUGCGGUACUGCGAUGCCGGCACGUCGUACUGCGAGUACUGGGGCGGCUACUCGUCCUUUGAUGUGAGCCAGGGCCGGCCGAUCCCAGGCGAGACGCGCUCUUCCAUUGGCGUCUGCAGCACACGUGCUUCGCCAGGGCCAGUGGACUCGACCACCACCAGCUCCAGCUCCAGCUCUCGUGCCGGCGGCCGUAGCAGCAGCAGCAGCAGCAGCAGCAGCUCGGCCGCCUUCAGCAGCAAAGAUCCCCUCGACAGCAUCACCUGCACGUCGGCAAUCAAGUCGACUGCGAGUGUGCGUGCUUAG